AUCACUGGAGCAAUUAGGCGGUCUUCCUCGAACGAACAAGAACAAAUAGGAGGAGAAAACCAAAGACACAGCAUCAAAUGAAACAUAAUCUUUUGGGAUUUACAGAUUCUCUGCAAAACUAACUGCAAGUUCAUGUUCUUCGGACCCAGAAAGUCUUUCACUUCAAUACCGAGAUUUCUACUACAGCCGCCGGCGGAGGGAUUAAAGCCGAGUCACCAUAAUCUUUUUUUUCUUCUUCCCCAAUGCCAUCAAUGGCGAGGGAUAGCCAAGGUUAGGCUCAAAUGGGUUAAAAACCGAAGUCUCGAUCAUGUCAUCGACACGGAGACUGAUCUCAAGGCUGCUUGCCUCCUCAAGGAUGCAAUCAAACGUUCUCCUACUGGGUUCCUCACUGCAAAGUCUUUUGCCGAUUGGCAAAAGCUCCUUGGCCUCACUGUUCCGGUUCUUCGCUUCUUGCGCAGGUAUCCAACUCUUUUCCGUGAAUUUCCACACGAUCGUUAUGCAAAUUUGCCUUGUUUCAAGUUGACAGACACUGCACUUUUGCUGGACUCACAAGAACAAAGUAUAUAUCAGAAUCAGGAGAAUGAUACCGUGGAGAGACUUUCUAGAGUGCUUAUGAUGAUGAAAAAUAGGAUAGUUCCUCUCAAGUCACUGCAUUCUUUGAGAUGGGAUCUGGGUUUGCCUGAUAACUGUGAGAAAAUAUUGGUUCCGAAAUACCCAUGUCAUUUUCAAUUUGUUAAAGCCUCAAAUGGGAUUCCAUGUUUGCGACUUGCAAAAUGGCAUGAGGAAUUUGCUGCUUCGGCAUUGGAGCGGAGUAAUGAGGCCAGUGAAACACGAGAUCAGUAUAGGCAGUUUAAGAGAGGACAAACAGCACUAGCAUUCCCAAUGAAUUUUCCAAGGGGAUAUGGAGCACAGAAGAAGGUUAGGGCGUGGAUGGAGGAGUUUCAGAAGCUGCCAUAUAUAUCACCAUAUGAGGAUUCAAGGCAUAUAGACCCAAAGACUGAUCUUAUGGAGAAAAGAGCUGUUGGAGUUCUGCAUGAGUUUCUGAGCUUGACUAUUCAAAAGAAGACCAAGAGGAACUACUUGAGAAGCUUGAGAGAGGAACUGAACCUUACUCAUAAAUUUACUCGGUUGUUUACAAGGUAUCCUGGGAUUUUCUAUUUAUCAUUAAAAUGUAAGACGACGACUGUGGUACUCAAGGAAGGCUACCGCCGAGGGAAAUUGACAGAUCCACAUCCUCUAGCCAAUUUUAGAGAGAAGUUUUAUCAUGUCAUGAGAACAGGUCUUCUUUAUCGUGGUCGAGGUGUGAAUAUGAUAUCUCAGGAAAACAAUUUGCUUGAUGAUAUAGAGAAUGAAACAGAAGAAGAAGAGAUGGAAGAGGAAGAGUGUGUAACCGAUGAUGAAUGCUUUGGAGAAACAUCAGAUACAGAUGAUGAAUCCGACAACGAGGAGUAAUUCUUUAACAGAAACAACACCCUUUUAGAGCUCAGUCAAGAUAGGAAAAGUGAUUAUCAACGUUGAGGUAGGUUCUUUUUGUAAAACAAAGAUUGUUUAGAGAAUGGGCAGCAGGUUUUGAUUUCCA